AUGUCAGUAUCGCCAGAGGUGAUAGCUCGAGACGCUGGACAAGCUGGAGCAGAGGCUACCGCGACUGCCUUCAUAAUCGCCGCCAAUAGGGCCGUACGUCCCACCUCCACCACAGGCCAGCAAUAUCCUAGUCCCGUACGAGUGUUUCCCCGUGCCGCGUCGUCGCUGUAUUCCACUGACAGCCAUGGGUGUGUGGUGUGUCCCAGUACCACGCCCACCGGCCCGACUUGUGGCUCCAACCAGGAGCGGUUGCUUUCAGCGCAGUCGUGCCUGCUGUGUCCCAAGUAUUACUGUUCAGAUUUAGACGACAGUGGGUCAAAAGGACCCAAUAUUGGCGGUAUUGUUGGUGGAGUGGUGGGCGGUGUGGCCGCCGUGAUCGCCAGUGGGCUCAUGUACUACUUUUUUGUGUGGAAGAAACGACACCCCAGUUUGGAGGACGAUGAAGAGAUAUAUAUGGAAGACCUCGACCUAGACGAGCUGAAAGACGCCAUGAGCAGCGAAAGUGCUGGUAACAGUAAUCCUGACAAGCGGUAUUCUGGCGGGCUCGAGACGACGGAGCGGCCUGGAGGUGGUGCUGGUGGUGCUGGGCGUCGUGCCAACCUUGCCAACCGAAGGUUGUCGUCGUACGAGCUGUUCACGCGGCCGCAGGCCAAGUUCAAGAGCCGGCGGGGCCAGGCCAGUGCCAGUCGGCGCGCGAGCCAGAGACUCAUGUCGCGCAACUUGACGGCAGCGUCGCCGUACCUCGACGCCAACUCCAGCCGCAGAAAUAGCGUGGCCACCACCAUCUCCACCACCAACGCGUCGAAUAUUCUCCCCAUCGCCUAUAUUCCUGGAGUCACGGUGCGCCCCACCAAAAAUAACACCAAGUCGAUCUACUCCUACGAGACUGACUCGAUUUUCUCCGAUCUCAACACCAUUGAAAAUGCUUCAAUUAUUGGUGACAUUAUGAGAGCCAACUACAGCGAGGAACCUAAACAGGAUAACACCAUGACAGCUAUAAAGGCCCAACCACGUCUUAUUAGUGUGGACCGAAUCGAGGAAGAGGACGAAGAUGAAGAAGAAUUUGACGACGAUUAUGAUGGAGUUGAUGUCGAUGUAGACGAUUCGGUCAAUAAUUCUGUCAGUAAAAACAACUCGAAAACCAGCAUUGUCACCUCCACGCGGCAGCUUAACGAGAGCACCGUGUCAAAUGUGACAAGCCAAAUCGCGGAAGAGGACGAGGGCCAAAACUACCUGUCGGACUCGGACGGCGACAGCGACGUGGACCUGGACUUAGGCGAGAUCCAGAGGGCCACCAGCGUGCGGCGGAACAAUCAUACGGAGAUGGCCCUAGAUUUAAUUGAUUUGGGCCAACCCGGUGCCAGGGCGGGUGAUGAUGCGACCGCCAGGUCGGACGGGGGGUCGUUUGUGUUGGACGUAGAGAUAGACCACAACGGUCGGCUGCCAUCGCAGACCAGUGGAGAGAAGAGUCCGUUUGAGGACCCAUAAUGGAUAGUUAUAUACGAAUGCACGAUUGUUCCAGGAA